UCAUCCGCCACCUUGUGCGUUCCUCCUCUCCCUCCGGUCCUCCCUGAAACCAUCAUGCAUUCAAGGUGUUUGGCCGGCGGACCAUUCCAUACUCGCGUGGUUCUGUCGAGUGCGUUGUACUUGUACAUUUCCCUGCGCCAAAUCUGAUCGAUGUCAAUCGUGCCGUGCUAGAUGAUUGGCUGGACACUCUAUCCACAACGAUUUCUCCUGGAAAUUUGUUCUUACCAGUAAAGUCACGCUCUUGCUUGUUUUCUUGUGUGGAUAAACCGUGGAUGUUUGGGUCCCCUGUCUUGCUCUCAUUUGCUAGGCUGCUGCUGCCCGUUUCUUGUUUGCCAUAGUUCUUUAAGUAAUCUGUAGCCAUUAUUUUCUCGUGUAUAUGAAUAAAACAGACCUUACCGACGGAUGACCGAUGAAAUAGUUUAUUUAGUUUUAAAAAAGCAGGAGAAAUACUUGUCCUGCUUGUCUUGGUUCGCUGUCUUGCUCUCACCUGCUGCUGACAGCUUCUCGUGUGCUAUAGUUUAAAAAUUUAUCUGGAGCUAUUAUUUCCUUUUACAAAAAAUAAAGACCCUACCAGCAGAUGACCGAGGAACAGUAUAAAAGCAGGAGAAAUACUUGUUGUUUCAGAGAAGUGUCCAGGCAGACGCAUCAAACUUCUCACCAGCCUCUGCAGCACUAUUGCUCUGCAGGGACUUCUUCAGCUUCUCCGCGGCAAGGAAGAAUGGAUAGGCUAGAUGGCUCUGCCCGCCUUAUGAUCGUUUCGGAUCUUGACCAGACGAUGGUUGAUCACUGUGAUCCAGAGAACUCGGCCUUGCUCCGUUUCGAGGCGCUCUGGGAGUCUGAGUACUCCCAGGAUUCUCUGCUGGUGUUCUCAACUGGAAGAACGCCGGUCAGUUACAAGGGUCUGAGGGAAAGAAAGCCUUUGCUCACACCGGACAUCACCAUCAUGUCUGUGGGCACUGUGAUAGCAUAUGGCCAGGAGAUGACUCCUGAUGUUGGCUGGGAGGAAUUUCUGAAUAACAAGUGGGAUAGGGAUAUUGUUGUUCAGGAGACAGCUAAGUUCCCUCAUCUAAAGCCACAGCCAGAGAGGAAUCAGGGUCCUCAUAAGGUCAGCUUCUUCGUCGACAAGCAGGGUGCUCAUGAAGUGAUUAAUUAUCUUCCUCAAAAACUGGAACAGCUUGGGCUAGAUGUGAAGAUAAUCUAUAGUAGCGGAGAGGCCCUAGAUGUAUUGCCACGAGGUGCAGGGAAAGGGCAAGCUCUUAUAUAUUUACUCGAGAAGUUCAGUUUGAGCGGAAAACCACCAAGCAAUGUUCUUGUGUGUGGUGACUCUGGCAAUGAUGCAGAUUUAUUCAGCGUUCCAUCUGCCUAUGGUGUCAUGGUUAGCAAUGCCCAAGAGGAGCUUCUUCAGUGGUAUGAAGAGAAUGGAAAAGAUAACCUUAAGUUGCUUCAUGCAACUGAGAGAUGCGCUUCCAGUAUCAUGCAAGCUAUCGGUCACUUCAAACUAGGGCCUAGUUUUUCUGUAAGAGAUCUUGAAUUCCCAUAUCCGAAGGUAGACACCAUCAAGCCUGCAGAUGUGGUGGUGAAAUUCUAUGUUCUUUACGAGAAGUGGCGGAGGGGUGAGGUUCAGAAGUCUCCAUCAGUUAUACAAUACUUGAAAAGCAUUACUCUCCAGAAUGGUACACUGAUACAUCCUUGUGGAAUGGAGCGGUCACUUCAUGCAUCCAUUGAUGCACUGAGUUCAUGUUAUGCUGACAAACAAGGCCAAAAGUUCCGAGCAUGGGUGGACCGACUUUUUACAUCGCCGAUCGGUACAAGUAACUGGUUGGUGAGGUUUGACAACUGGGAAAUGGAAGGCGAUGUGCAAUAUUGCUGCCGGACAACUCUUCUGCUGAAUACAAAGCCUGAGACUUCAGAGGGCUUGGAACUGACACACAUCCACAAGACCUGGCUUGAAGGAUACUCAGCUGGGAAUGAUCAUACCUUCAUCUUAUAGAUCAUUUAACCACUCGCCAUAUAUGCACGGACCCUCUCAGAGUCGGGAUAGAAUAACAAAUGUACUGCUUCUUGUGUAAAUUGAUCUCUCGGCUGAUUCAAACUACUGUACUGUUCUGACGCUCCCAGAGAGGGUCAAUCUUCAUGUUGAUCAAAUGCACUAAUAAGAAAUGUUCAAUGGUUCUGUCUCAUGAACUUAAUGAGAUCCAUAAUUUAAGUUCUUA